AUGGGAAAAGCUAAUAAAAAGAAAUUAAAUGAUGAUAUAUGGGAUAAAUUAGGGGAAGAUAUAGUCCCACAGAAUAUAAAUGAAAAUAUUCAUAGUGAACCUUUGAAAAAUGAUGCGGUUAAGUUUGAUUCUAAAUUAGAUGACUUAGUAGAAGAUUUUGGAGGACUUUUAUCAACUUUAAAAGCAUCAUCUAAGAAUAGAUCUUUAAAGAAAGAUAAAAAGUCUUUAAUUCAGAAUUCGGAAAGAUCUAAUAACAAUUUGUUGAAAGAUUCAUCAAUCAAGGAAGGUUUUAAUCAAGAUCAUGAACUUGUGAAGCAAAAUGAUGAACAAGUAUAUGAAAUAAGAUUGAAAACAAAAAGUGAAAAAGAAAAAGAAAAAAAAGAGAAAGAAAAAGCAAAAAAGAAAGCUCAAUCUGAAAAGAAAAAAUCUAUAAAUAAGUUAACUUUGAAAAACGAAACAGAAACUACUAAAACGGGAGAUCAAAUAAAUGAACCUAUAAUAAUUGAAAAUGGUUUACAAGAUUCAAAGAAUUCUAUAAAAAAAAAUAAAGAAAUAAAAGCUAAAAAGAUCAAUGUAAAUAUUGCAGCGAUACAGAAGCAAGUAGAAUUGCGUUUGCAGGCAGAAGAAGAAAGAAGGAAACAAGAAGAAGAAGAAAGGAGAAUUAUAGAGGAAGAAGAAAGGAAAAUACAAGAAGAAGAACGGAGAAAAUGCGAAGCAAAGCUUAAGAAAAAAGAAAGAGAAAAGGCAAAAAAAGAAGAGCUUAAAAGUCAAGGAAAAUUUUUAACAAAGAAACAAAAAGAGCAGAAACAAAUGGCUCAAAUAAAAAUUCAGCAGCUUUUAGCUACUGGGGUAAGAAUUGAAGGACUUGUUACAAAUAAUAAAAUAAAUUCUGAUUCUUCUGAAAAAUUAAAGCGCUCAGUUUGUGAUUCUAAAAAGAAAAAAUUACAUAUAACUUCUGAAAUUACGGAUAGUAAUUCUUCUGAAUUGGCUACAGCACUUGAUCAUUCGUUUAAAAAUGACGAUAAUGUAGAAAUUCCUAUUCAAAAAAUAAAUGGGGAAACUUUAGAAGUAGAUUCUGAAGAUGGUAUAUUAGAUAAUUGGGAAGAAGCUUUUAUUGAUAAUUUUGAUAAUGAUGAUACUAAUUUUUUACUUAAAACUUCUAACACUGUUGAUUCUAAAAUAUUAGAUGGAGAUUCUUUUCAUGAAUCGCUAAAAGCGCAAGUCAAUAAUUGUAUUAAAAAGGUAGAUGGUAUGAAUAAUUCUCAAGUGAACGAUACAGUUGUUAAAAAAGAGGAAGUAAUAUCUCAAAGUUCUGAUGUAAAAACAAAUCAGAAUUCGAUGUUUAAAAAGAGUUCGAAAAAUGCUAAAAAUAUAGAAAGCGAUUUAAGAUCCCCUAUAUGCUGUGUUCUUGGUCAUGUUGAUACCGGAAAAACAAAAAUUUUAGAUAAGAUUAGACAGACUAAUGUUCAAGAAGGAGAGGUGGGUGGUAUAACACAACAAAUAGGUGCCACUUAUUUCCCUGUGGAUUCUAUAAAACAAAAAAUAGCUGUAUUGGAUCAAAAUGAAAAACUUGAAUACAAAGUACCUGGACUUCUUAUAAUCGAUACUCCUGGACAUGAAUCUUUUGCAAAUUUACGUUCCAGAGGUUCCAGCUUAUGCGAUAUUGCAAUUUUAGUUGUAGAUAUUAUGCAUGGUCUAGAACCUCAAACUCUUGAAUCACUAAGUUUACUAAGGAGUAGAAAAACUCCUUUUAUUGUUGCACUAAAUAAAAUUGAUCGAAUAUAUGGGUGGAAUCCUACUUUGGAUGGCGCAUUUCAAGAGUCAUUAUUAAAACAGAAAAAGUCUGUUCAAAGAGAAUAUCAUGAUAGAUAUACAAAGAUCAUUGUGGCAUUCUUAGAGCAGGGACUUAAUGCUGUUGCAUAUUAUGAGAAUAAAAACUUUUCGAAAAACGUUUCAAUAGUUCCUACAUCUGCAUUGACUGGAGAAGGCAUACCUGAUAUGUUAAUGCUUUUAUUGAAUCUUACACAACAACGUAUGACUAAUCGAUUAAUGUAUUUAGCAAAAUUGGAAGCAACAGUAUUAGAAGUAAAAGUUAUUGAAGGUCAUGGAACUACAAUUGAUGUUAUCUUAUCAAAUGGCAUUUUAAGAGAAGGCGACCGUAUUGUUUUGUGCGGAUUAAAUGGGGCCAUUGCAACGAAUAUACGUGCUCUUUUGACUCCUCAGCCUUUAAAAGAAUUAAGAAUUAAGUCGUCAUAUAUACAUAAUAAAGAAGUGAGGGCUGCAUCAGGAGUAAAAAUCUCUGCAAAUGAUUUAGAUAAGGCUAUUGCAGGUUCAAGAUUGAUGGUCGUUGGUCCAGAUGAUGACGAGGAAGAGAUUAAAGAAGAAGUUAUGGAAGAUUUGGAAGGUUUAUUAAAUUUUAUUGAUACUAGUGGUAUUGGUGUUUCUGUUCAAGCCUCCACUCUUGGAUCUCUUGAAGCCUUACUUGAAUUUUUAAAACAAAGCAAAAUUCCUGUUUCUGGUAUAGAUAUUGGCCCUGUUCAUAAGAAAGAUGUCAUAAGAUGUAGCGCUAUGAUUGAAAGGGCUAAAGAAUAUGCAGUAAUGUUAUGCUUUGAUGUGAAAGUUGAUAAGGAUGCUGAAGAAUUGGCAGAGCAACUUGGUAUAAAAAUUUUUACUGCAGAUAUUAUAUAUCAUCUUUUUGAUUCUUUUACUAAAUAUCAAGCUGAAAUUAUGGAGAAAAGACGAAGAGAAAGUGCGUCAGAUGUUGCAUUUCCAUGCGUAUUAAAGACUAUUGCUGUUUUUAAUAAAAAAGAUCCUAUACUUCUUGGCGUUGAUGUGAUUGAGGGGGUUAUUAGAAUUGGGACUCCUAUUUGUGCAGUAAAAAUUAAUCCAAAUACACAAGAACGUAUUAUUAUAGAUUUGGGAAGAAUUGUAAGCAUAGAGAAGGAUCAUAAAAUACUAAAUAUAGUUAAAAAGGGACAAAUUAGUAAUGGUGUUGCUAUUAAAAUCGAAUGUUCCUCUCAAAUACUUUUUGGUCGACAAGUCGAUGAAAAAGAUCUUCUUUAUUCUCAUAUAUCACGGAAAUCUAUUGAUUUAUUAAAAGAUAUCUUCCGUGACGAUGUUUCUAAAGAAGAAUGGAAUCUUAUACGAAGACUUAAAAUCAUAUUUGGUAUUACUUGA